CCCACCUGCAGUCUCCCGCUGCCGCUGCGGGCUCCGUUAAUGAUUAACCCCAAGGAAAGCACUGGCCAGGUGGCCCUGAUUGGGAUCUCCCCGCUAAUGGUUUGUGUUCCCUCUCCUCUCCAGCUGCUCCCGAGGAUGAGCUCCGUGCUCCUGCUGGCCCUGCUGCUCCUGCUUCCCGUGGGGAAUGCCGGAUCCCAGCCGGAGCGGGCGCUGCCCCGCCGGCGCCUCUCGUGCGUCAGGUGCUGCGGGCCCGAGGAGCAGCCCGUGCCCAUCGUGUCCCAAAGGUGGGCCAGGAUGAGCGGAGAGCCCCAGUAUUCCCUGCCCAAAAUCCAGCCCACCAUCGACAUCACCAUCCUCAAAGGCGAGAAGGGCGAGCGGGGCGAGCGGGGGUGGCCGGGGGCGGCGGGGCCGGCGGGGCAGCGCGGGCCGCGGGGGCAGCCGGGCCGCAAGGGCCAGCCGGGCCGGGCCGGGCCGCAGGGCCACUCCUGCAAGCUGCUCUUCGCCGCCUUCUCCGUGGGCCGCCGCCAGCCCCAGCACAGCUCCCACUACUUCCAGCACCUCACCUUCGACACCGAGUUCGUCAACCUCUACCAGCACUUCAACAUGUUCUCCGGGAAGUUCUUCUGCUACGUGCCCGGGAUUUACUACUUCAGCCUCAACGUGCACACCUGGAACUUCAAGGAGACCUACCUGCACCUGAUGAGGAACGAGCAGCCCGUGGCCAUCCUGUACGCCCAGCCCAGCGACAGGAGCGUCAUGCAGAGCCAGAGCCUGAUGCUGGACCUGCAGGAAGGGGAUGAGGUUUGGGUCAGGAUGUUCAAGAGGGAGCGGGAAAACGCCGUUUACAGCGAGGAGUCGGAUGUUUACAUCAUCUUCAACGGGCACCUGAUCAAACCCGCCCUGGAGUAGGAGCUCCUCAGCUCCAGAGAGAAGCUUUGGGCGUCCAGCAGUGUCUUCCCUCUAGAAGUGCAUCUUUUGGAACGGUUGUAGCUCCUAGAAGAGUUCUUUUUCCACAUCUGCGAGGAUCCAAGCUGCACAAGAAUUCCAGGAGGUUCCCAGCUCCCUUUGUGGCCCCUCAGGAACAUCCCUGGAGUUUUUCCAAUUGACAGCAAAAUUUUCCCGUCUUUCCCUGCCUCUCCCGUUCCACUUGGAAUAUUUGUCAUCCUUGCAAGGGUGGUUUUUCCACUCAUUUAUAGAUGGAAGGGACUGUUCCAACUGCACAAGAAUUCCAGAAGUUUUCCAGUUCUGUGUAACCCCUCAGGAAUAUCCCUAAAGAGUUGCCAAGUUGGCAUUAAAAAUUUCCCUUCUUUCCCUGCAUCUCCCAUUCCAUUUGGAAUAUUUGUAGCCCUUGGAAGGGUGGUUUUCCACCCCUGUGUGGACAAAGGUGACUGUUCCACCUGCACAAAAAUUCCAGAAGUUUCCCAAUUCCCUGUGAAGACCCUGAGGAACAUCCCCAAAAAUUUGCCAAGUUGGUGGCAAAAAUUUCCCUCUUCUGCUGUGCUUUAAAGAAGGAAUUAUAAUAAUUAGGAUAUCAUUAUGAUUAAAUAAUUAUCCCUAAGGACCAGAGCGGUUAUCCAGGUGCUAAUUAAGGAGUGUUGUUACUCCUGUAAAAAUCUUGGCUAAAUAGAGCCCCCCCUUAGCGGGACCAGGUUGGAAAUUUGGUGUUAAAAUCCAAAUUUUGCACAGGAAUUAAUCUCAAAUUCCAGUUUGGUUCCAUUCCAUGCCAUAUUCCAUUAUUUCAGCAGAACUAUGGAAUUAGAGAAAUAACAGCACAUGGAUUCUGGAAAGUUUUUCCUGGAAAUCAGAGCUUGGUCCAACCACAAGCUCCAGAGAAAAACUUCCCAUGAGAACAUCCAGCCUGGCUGGGAACGUGCUCCCAGCUGAACAAAAUGCUGGGAAUUUGGGAUUUGCCAAGCUGGGAUUUCAGGCUGUGCUCCCAUCUGGACAUUCCCAUUUUGGAGCAGCAUCAUUUCUGGAAAAUGGAGGAAAAACUGGAAAUAAAAAGGAGUUUUUGUUCAAGCAGUGUUUUUUAGGGAUUUGGGGUUUUCUUUUUUCCUAAAAAAUUAUGGAUAGAACCAUGGUGCAUGCAGCAGCACCUCAUCAUUUUAUCCCAUUCCUUCUUUUCUUUUCUCCCAGUCUCUCAUUUCCUUCCCAAACCCUUUUGGACAAAGAAUCCAGGGAAAUUCUUGCCAGGAAAACGCUUCCAUGGAUCUCACUUCCUCCAGCUUUGGGAAAAGUAGCUGAAAUAAAGAUUUUGCUUUCAGUACCUGGGGUUGUUUCUCAUUUUUCCAUAAUUUUUCCCAUAAGUUUUUCUGCAUUCCCUAGCUAA